GGGUAGCAGCUGCUGAGUUGCUCAGACAUGGCGGAGGAUACAGUGUAAAUGAAGAUCAGCGGCGGAGUUGCGUUAGUUUUCCUAGCAGUUGAGUCGUUAAAAGGCACAUUAAAUGAUACCCAAGAGAAGGACAAUGUGUUCGGGUCAAACGGACUCUGAGGGGAAGCGAAAAACGACCUGAACAGACACACACGAGUAAGAUGGAAAAAUGUAUCGCUGUUUAGUGCAGUCAACAGCCUUGGGCAACAAAUAUGGCUUCUUGUGCCUUUUUCAAUAUGCUAUAAAAAUUGAUCUCCCGUGCAAGCUAAUGCCGUGGUGGCGCCGGCUAACUUCUGCAAGCCGCGGUAAGUUAAGUUCAAUAGUCGCUCGGUACUUUUGAUCUUUGAGGAUAUUACAUCCACUUGGCCGUCUGGGUUAGCUGGGAAGCUACGGAACUACAGCGGGUAGCAAUGGAGCCAAAGCACAAAGAGUUGCUAGACCAGUGCCACCAGAACUUAUUGGAGUCCAUAACAGAUGCGGACCGAGUGAUCGAGCUGCUUAUAGUUUCUGGUACCUUGAGUCAACUGGAUAGGUUCGAGCUGGACCAGAACUGUUCGUCCAGCGCCGAGAAAGUAGACCACCUUUUGAAGAUGCUGAUGAACAAGGAGAGCGACCAUUUCCUCGACCUGUGUGUGGCCCUGGAGAAGGCAUACCCUGACCUGUAUGCCGCCUUGUUCAGCAACAGCGGCGGUGGACCUGUGGACCAUUCCACCGGUUCCACAUACAGCGUUCUCUCCACCAUGCCCUCUGACUCAGAAAGCAGCAGCUCCCUCAGUAGUGUUGGCUCGCCUGUUAACGGUGAAGCGUCCUCCCCACCCCCUGCCAUCAACGACAACCGGCCAUCCGGCGACAACCUGGACACCAUCUUGUUCCAGCUCCGCCAGGUGACCAGGGAGAGGGACGAACUCCGUAAGCGUCUGGCGUUGGCAUCGCCCGGGACCACCUUCGACGACUGCAGGCCAAAUUCAAAAUCCAGUCAUGACUAUGAGCGUCUGAAAAGUCAGUGCAUGAGGGCCAUGGCAGAUCUGCAGUCUCUCCAGAACCAGCACACCAAAACACUCAAGAGGUGUGAGGAGGCUGUAAAAGAGGCUGACUUCUACCACAUGCUGCACAGCCGCGUCUUGGGCGAACAGACACAGCUGAAGGAGGAGAUGGAGACACUCAGGAGGGACAAUGCUCAACUUGUCCGAGAGCACAACCACCUAAAACAGAACUGCGAGGAGCUCAAGCGACUGCAUGAUCAAGACCAGAAAGAGCUGGCAGAUCUCCGGCUGCAGCAACAGCAGGUAAUGAGAGAGAAAGGCUCAUCAGAGGUGUUAAACAAACUGUAUGACACAGCUAUGGACAAGCUGGAGGGUGUGAAGAAGGAGUACGAUGCCCUGAGCAAGCGCUAUAGUGAGAAGGUGGCUAACCACAACACAGACCUGAGCCGACUGGAGCAGGCCGAGGAGGAGAACCGAAGGCUGCAAAAGCAGAUGGAUGCGUUGCUCAAACAGCGAGACUCGGCCAUGCACUACCAGCAGCAGUACUCCACCUCGAUGAGGAGGUUUGAUUCAGUGCAACAGGAGCUAAACAAGUCCUCAGCUCAAAAUAAGGAGCUGCAGAGAGAGAUGGAGCGCCUGCAGUCGGAGGUUACACGCUACAAGAACCUGCAGCUGAAGGCAGCAAAGGACUGCGAGAAGUACAAGGAGGAGAGGGACUCUGUGUUCAACGAGUAUCGCCUCAUCAUGAGCGAGAGGGACCAGGUGAUCAAGGAGCUGGACAAGUUGCAGACAGAACUGGAGGCAGCGGAGGCCCGACUGAAAAACACCUCUUCAGAGAGAGUGGUGGCCAGUGAAGAGUUGGAGGCACUCAGACAGGAAUUGAACUCGUCACUGGUGGACCGUGAUAGGGCCAUCUGCGAGAGGAACGAGCUGCUGGAGAAGUACUGCCAUGAGGUGAAGGACAAGGCCGAGGCUCAGAAAGAGCUGAGCCAGGCUUGCAAAGACAUCGAGAUGGUCCGGGAGGAGAGAGACGUGGCCCGCAAGGAGAGGACGGAGGCCAUCAUUCAAAGGGAUCAGUUGCUCCGAGAGUACUAUCAGGCCAGACAGAAACAAGACUCGGCCACCCUGGACAUGGAAAGAGCUAAUAAGGAGAUUGAGAUGCUGAGGAAACAAUAUGAAGCCAUGUCCCAGGAACUGAAGGAGGCCACACAAGAGGCUGAGGUGGCUAAAUGUCGACGGGACUGGGCCUUUCAAGAAAGGGACAAAAUAGUGGCGGAGAGGGAGAGCAUAAGGACUCUCUGUGAUAACCUGCGGCGGGAACGGGACCGAGCAGUCAGCGAUCUGGCCGAUGCCCUGCGUAAUCUGGACGAUAUGAGGAAACAGAAGAACGAUGCUCUGCGUGAGCUCAAAGAAAUAAAGGAGAAGAUGGAGAGCCAGCUGGAGAAGGAGGCCCGGUUCUGUCAGCUAAUGGCCCACAGCUCUCACGACUCAGCCAUCGACACAGACUCCCUGGAGUGGGAGACAGAGGUGGUGGAGUUUGAGAAAGACAGGGAUGACAUGGAUUUGAAGGCGCUUGGGUUUGAUAUCGCUGAGGGGGUAAAUGAUCCAUAUUUACCAGGAGAUUGUGGAAUAUUUGUUACUAGAGUGGACAAAGGAAGUGUCGCUGAUGGAAGGUUAAGAGUGAAUGAUUGGUUGUUGAAGAUUAAUGACAUCGACCUGACCAAUAAGGACAGGAAGCAGGUCGUGAAGGCUGUACUUAAUGGUGGGGGUUUGAUCAACAUGGUGGUACGAAGAAGGAAGUCUCUGGGAGGAAGGCUCGUCACUCCUGUUCACAUCAACCUCGUGGGACACAAAGACAGUGGAAUCGGUCUGGAGAGCGGCGUGUUUGUCACAGCCAUCGUCCAGGGAAGUCCGGCAGCCAGGGAAGGGUCUCUCACAGUAGGAGACAGACUGAUUGCUAUAAAUGGCAUUGCUCUGGAUAACAAAUCUGUGACAGAGUGUGAGGCUCUGUUGAGGAGCUGCAGGGACUCUCUUAGCCUCUCUCUCAUGAAGUUCUUUCCACAUAGCACAUCAGGCCAGAACAUCUUUGAGAGUCUGCGUGAGUCAUCUGAGAAGUCCAAUGGGCGCAUUCACCUGUCCGAGAUUCACUCGCGGAAUAGUCGCAACCUCAAACACAACAGCUCAACACAGACUGACAUCUUCUGCCCUGAUGUUGGAAGCACCAGCACAAGUAGCAUCUCUGGGGAGAGAAGGAAGGUCAGAGGUGAAUCAGAUGAGGUGUACAGCGACAUCAGCAAGCCAUUCUCCACAGGUUCCCUCCAUGCCACUAGCCUUCGGCCGGCUUCUGACCUGGGCACCGGCCGUUAUGGGCCCAGUGCUUUCAAAGAGUGCUGUCCCUACACAAAGGCGCCUUCCUCCUUGCCCUUUGACCCUCUCUCUCCCUCAGAGUGCAUCACGAUGGAGACAGCCCUUGAGAAGAAACACAGUGGGGGCACGUGGCCCAAGAUGAUGGUGGGAGGUAUGUCUGUCGCACCUGAUAGCACCAGUCCGGUCACAGCUGCAGCCCAGCUCUCCAUUUACAAAUCGCCCAAGCAGAGGAAGUCCAUCUUUGACCCAGACACUUUCAAACGCCCCGAAACACCUUCUUCUAAGAUGGAGUACAUGGCAGCCAAUCAGAUUGCAGCAGUAGCCGCCGCUGCUGCCGCCGCCUCGCAUUCCCCACAGCCUUCAAAGACAGAGUCCCUCUCCUCCUCAUCCACCCCUACCCCAACCCCUCCAACCCCACCCACUCGCAGUGACUCGUUUAAGUUCAAACACAAGCAUCAAAGCAGCUCUGCGUCUGACUGCACGAUCACCUCAGAUGGCAAAGGAGAGGCUGCCAUCUCCAUGGCAGCAGGAGAAAGCCGAGAGAGGAGUGAGCGAGAACGAGACAGGAACGGAAACCACUAUUUCCUGGAGGGCAAGGUUCUGACCUCGAGGAAGUCAUGUGAUGAGGACAUCGGCCGAACCAGAGGGGAGGAGCCAGAGGUGAAGAGGCCGCGUCCUAAAUCUGCCCCAGCCCUUCGGCGUAGGAUGACCCCCCAGACCAUCACUCUUCCUACCUUCCAAAGCUACUCUAAUGACGAGCACUCACCAGAGCCCAGGGACAUGCUGCGCUCCUCCCCGAGCCGCUCCCAUAGGCACAGCGUCGGCUUCGUCCCCACAGUCUACAAUGGCACCCUACCUCCCAAUUCAGCCCACAGGGGUCUGGCUCCUUGCCCGGCUGUGACGGCCGUGAUGAGGAAUCCGGUGUACACUGUGCGCAGCCACCGUGUUCAUACCAGCAACUGUCCAUCCGUUGCCUCCCAGAUAUGUCACCAGCAUACCCACACCAGCCCACAACACCAGGGUCGUUUGAGCCUGGACCUGAGCCAGCAAAAACGCACAAGUGACUACUCUGAAUCCUCAUCGUCACGCAGCAGCAGAGCUUCACACGGUACAAACUCACUGCCAUCCAGCGCAAGGCUCGGUUCUUCCAAUAAUGUCCAGUACCGCACAGAGAGGAUCAAAAUCCCUUCCACUCCCCGCUACCCCCGCUCCAUGCUGGGGUCAGACCGAGGCUCCCUCUCACACUCUGAGUGUAGCAGUCCCAGUCUCAUCACACCUCCACAAUCGCCACUCAAUCUGGAGACCUCCUCAUUUGCCAGCAGUCAAUCACAAGGCUCCAUUUCCACUUUACCUCGGAUCUCAGUCAGCCCUGUGCCAAUAGGGGAGCGCAGGAAAGACAGGCCAUACUUAGAGGAACCCCGCAAUGUCAUUGUGCACAAGGGUGCGGAGCCACUGGGCAUCUCCAUUGUCAGUGGAGAGAACGGAGGGAUCUUUGUCUCUAAAGUUACUGGAGGCAGUAUCGCCCACCAGGCAGGAUUGGAGUAUGGAGACCAACUACUGGAGUAUAAUGGCAUCAAUCUACGGAACGCUACAGAGCAGCAAGCUCGCCUCAUCAUUGGCCAGCAGUGUGACACCAUCACCAUUAUGGCCCAGUACAACCCACACAUGUACCAGCUGGGUAACCACUCUCGCUCCAGCUCUCGUCUGGACCCAGUCAGUACUCAGUCGACUCCCCAGGGGAGUGGAGCUGCCACCCCUGACAAUCACUCUGCCAUCGAUACACUCAGUGAACAGGACGAGGGAACGCUCACUCCCUCCUCCAAGCAAACCACUCCCACUACCAGUCCCCGUAAUUUCAUCAGAAUGCCAUCUGAGGGCAGCAGGAAGGCGGGUGAGCCACGGCUUGUGACGGUGCGAAGGCCAGGGGUGGAGGUGGGAGUCACGCUCUGUGGAGGGAACCUACGAGGCGUCUACAUAGAGAGCCUGGAUGAGGACAGUCCUGCCAGAGGCCCUGAUGGGCUGCUUCCUGGAGACCUCAUUCUGGAGUACAACUCGGUGAAUAUGAAGAAUAAGACGGCAGAAGAGGUGUAUGUUGAGAUGCUGAAGCCUGCGGAGGUGGUGACAUUGAAGGUGCAGCAUCGGCCGGAUGACUUCAGCAUGCUCAAAGAUGUCCCAGGAGAUGGCUUUUAUAUUAGAGCACUUUACGACCGGGUAGGAGAGGCCGAGGGGGACCUCAGUUUUAAGAAGGAUGACAUCCUGUAUGUGGAUGAGUCUUUACCAAAGGGCAGCUUUGGGACCUGGAUGGCCUGGCAGCUAGAUGAGAACGCGCAGCAGAUCCAAAGGGGGCAGAUCCCCAGCAAGUACAUGAUGGACCAAGAGUUUUACCGCAGACACAGCGUGACAGAAAUGAAGGAAGACUCCAGUAAGACUCUCUCUGCAGCAGCCCGCAGAUCCUUCUUCAGGAGGAAACAGAAACACAAGCGCAGCAGCUCCAAAGACAGCAAGGAGAUGGUGGCUCUGGAUGCCAUCAGCACGGACUCCAUCCCCUUCCUUGAUGAUUGUGUGAGCCUGGCAUACCAGCGGGUUCAGAAGGUGGAGUGCACCUCUCCACGACCGGUACUCGUCCUCGGGCCGCUCACUGACCCCGUCAAGGAGAUGCUGGUCAAAGAGUCUCCUGGGAAGUUCUGCAGAUGUGUGCUGGAGGUGAUGAAGGCAUCCCAGCAAGCCAUCGAGCGUGGCGUCAAAGACUGCCUCUUUGUCGACUACAAGCGCAGGAGUGGCCACUUCGAUGUGACCACUGUUGCUUCUAUAAAAGAAAUAACAGAUAAGGGCUGUCACUGUUUGCUCGACAUUGCCCCGCACGCCAUCGAAAGGCUCCACAGCGUUCACAUUUAUCCAAUUGUUGUCUUUGUCCGCUACAAAAAUGCCAAGCAGAUCAAGGAGCAGAAAGAUCCGGUUUAUCUGCGGGACAAAGUAUCUCAAAAACAUUCCAAGGAGCAAUUUGACAGUGCACAGAAGAUAGAGCAAGAGUACAGCAAAUACUUCACAGGUAUUGUCCAAGGCGGCACCCUCCCUUACAUUUGCACUCAGAUCAUGACUAUAGUUGAUCAAGAACAAAGUAAAGUCCUGUGGACUCCACUCGGCUGCCCCUAGAGGGGACCGGCUGCCACUACAGCUGUCUGCGGCUUUCAUCUCCAUUCCCCAAACACUAAUGAACCCAUUCACAUUAUACCAAUAGGUACACUACAGCAAGCUAGUUAUGUAAAUUAUUGAUAUUUUUUUAUUUUGUCUUUUUAUUAUGAUUUAUAAUCAGAGCCUCCUUUUUAUUUCUGAUGUACUCCGGAGCAGGUUAGUAGCACUGGAUCUCAACGUUAAUGUUUAUUCAGUCUUCCCUAAGGGUUUCUGGUGGUGUAUUUGUAAUGCUGCAUUGUGAGCGUCCGUUUACAGUCAGAAGACAAGUCUGACUAUAGAUGUUCAAUAUUUGCUUGAAUGCGUGUCCCUCCCCCUUGUGUACACAAACCUCAACACUAAUGAAGUUCAGCCUCCACCCCUGACCCACCCAUGUACGAAAUGACAUCUGUGGUUUCCCUACAGUUAUGCACCCAUUAACGGCGACUGACAACUAAUUGUGUAUGUUUUUUUUUUUGUGCGCGCGUGUGUGUGUGUGUGUGUGACAUAUAUAUAGAGAGAGAGAGGGAGAGAAAACAUUGAGACUGUUGUUCACAAUUGUAAGGACAAUUUCAGCUGAGUUGAAUCGUGGUUGUUUGUUAGCAUGAACAUGAUGCUAUAGAAAUGGAAUGCCAGGGAUCAGACAUCACAUUCCUCGCUGUGUUUUCAUCACAGAAGUGCAAAAAGCAUCAGACCUCUUGAAGUAUGUAGCUGUGGUCUCACUGAACCCGACUGCCAGCAGCGACAGCCAUGAAAACUCAAAAACGCAUCAAAUGUUUGCUCUAUGCAUUGUGUUUCUAUAGUAGCUGGAUGUGUGGACAGUUUAUAGGCCUUUCGGAAGUGCCUUCGGAGAAGAAGCCUGAUCUGAAACCAGCCCCCUCGUCUCUUAGCCAGAACGCUAGGAGGAUUUUUGAAAAUUUCUUUUCAAGAACCCAGUGCAUCAUUUCACCCAUAUUGGACCAGAUGAUUUUUGGGGCUGAUUUGAGACCAGUAACGGUGUAGAGCGCAUGACAAUGGUAAGGUUUCGAUGGUAGGCCGAAGAGGCGGCCAACGGGUUAACUCCUCAGAAUGCACUCCAGGGCUAGACAGACCACUGUGUAACUAUCAUUCUAUCUCUUUAACAUAUAUUUAACAACAGUAUAGAGUAUAACAUUAACAGUAUGCAGAUACAAAAACAUAUAUAUAUAGAUAUAUAUAUAUAUAUAUAUACAUAAAAAUAUAUAUUACAUGUAUUUUGACUAGGUUAUAUGCCUAGGAACGUUUGGCGGUCAAGUCAUGUCUUAGCAGGUAUUAUAAGCAUGUUUUCUUAUUUUUUUUUUUUUCAGAGUUUAUUUUUGUUUUUUCGUGGUUGGUUGUCAGUCACUUAUCGAUGUACUCAUUAAAAGACACUAUGAAACAAAAUUUUGCAGGGUAAUAUCUUAAAGGAUCUUCCUCUGAUCUGUUUUAAAUGUUAGUGACUUUUCAUUGUUAUUUAAUUGUAUUUUUUUUAUUCAGGAGGCAAGGAAAAAAACAACAUUGACACAAAUGUUCAGCCCUUCCUCCAAAACCAUAUCCUAACCGUAUCUUAUUGUGCCAAAAUCCGCUAAGGCAACUUUAUCCUUUUGUUUUUGUUUUGCACUUGUUUACCUGUUAACCUUAAACAUGUAACUGUUCCUAGGUUUCCAGCUGACUAUGAAAGGUACUAUAAUUUCUACUGCAACUAACACAUUUUUAUCUCUCACACGAGUUCCUUACAUUUCAUUGAUGGCCUUUUAAUUCUUAAUUAGAAAAAAAGGAUCACUUCUUAUUUGAAUUAUUAAAAAAAAAAAAGGGAUCUAUUCUUGCACAGUUUUUCAAAGGAAAAUCGGUCCACGAGUUUGACUAUUGGGCUAAAGGACUUAGCAGAAGCAAACUGUAACGUUACUAUUUUUCUGAGUAGAUAGCUUAUGUUAGAGAGAGAGAACGAGAGAAAGAGAGAGAGAGAGCAAUACAACAUGACAGGGUUGUAUUUUUAGAAAGGCUCUAGAUGCCAGGUACUGAUUGAACUUUUCUUUUAUUAAAAAGAAUGUGAUUUGUAUGUUGAGACAUUAACAUGAGAAUAAAACUCAUUUUCUGUAUCACAGAA